ACUGUCAGUGUGGCGACCCGGACCGUGGCGAGAGGAUCUGGGGUCGAAUGGCUCCCUCGUGGUUUUUGCUGAAAAUAACAAAAUGCAAAUGUAUCAACCGUCAGUGAUUGUGUGUCUCUAAUGUAAACCGAAGUGAAAUCAGUAAACAGAAGUGAAUCUUCGUAAUCAGAAUCAGAAAAACAAUUGUAAAAACAAUCUUGCUGUGACACAAAAAUAAACAAAGAUAUAAGAAUACAAUAAAUACUCAGAGAGCGAAAGGAACAAUCCUCUAUGCUGCCGCCAACAGAGUUGAGCGUUAGCGUUCUCCUGUCAGCCAGGCCUGGCGGCGUCUGGCCUGGUCGAGCCCGAAUAUGACGCCCUGGGCCCUCGGCAGUAGCGGGCUGAUCUGCAGUAGAGUCCCGCCCACGCCCACGGCCCCGCUGUCACCGCCCUCGGCCGAGUGUGCGCUUCGCCAGGCCUGUUCCGGCUACUUCGACCUCCUGUCCUGGAGCCUCUCCCGGCGGCGUCCCGGCUCCUUCGGCUCCUCCUCCGCCCUCCUCCAGUCCGCUCUUUCCUGUGGCGCGCGGCAGGAGCAUCGCUGUCGCCGGCUCGACGCCUCUAGCCUCCUGACGAAGGACUCGGCCACCUUACAGGAUAUCAUCAUGCUGUGCUACGCGCUGCUUCAGGCGCACGAUGUGGUGGCCCACGAGGUGUACGGCGACGAGGCCAUCCGCGUGACGCCGCCGCCGCUGCUGCCCUACCUCAACGGCGGCGACGAGGUGGACGCCGCCAACGGGGACGUCGACAUGGAGAACAUCACGCGCGUCAGACUCGUCCAGUUCCAGAAGAACUCGGACGAGCCCAUGGGCAUCACGUUGAAGAUGAACGAGGAGGGCCGUUGCAUCGUGGCUCGCAUCAUGCACGGCGGGAUGAUCCACCGCCAGGCGACGCUGCACGUGGGCGACGAGAUCAGGGAAAUCAACGGGAUGCCCGUGGCCAAUCAGAGCGUCGACAUCCUCCAGAAGAUGCUGAGGGAAGCCAGGGGUUCCGUCACCUUCAAGAUUGUACCGUCGUACCGCAGCGCUCCGCCCCCUUGCGAGGACUGGUCCCUACGCAGUGGAAUUAAAAAGCAGAUAUACGUUCGGGCUCAGUUUGACUACGACCCGCUCGAGGACGACCUCAUCCCGUGCGCACAGGCGGGCAUUGCCUUCAAGACGGGCGAUAUACUGCAGAUUAUCUCGAAGGACGACCACAACUGGUGGCAGGCGAAGAAGGACCCCAAUGGCACGGCCGGCCUGAUCCCGUCGCCGGAGCUGCAGGAGUGGCGCACGGCGUGCCUCGCCAUGGAGAAGAGCAAGCGUGACCAGGUGAACUGUUCCUUCUUUGGGCGGAAGAAGAAACAGCACAAAGACAAGUACUUGGCUAAACACAACGCAGUCUUCGAUCAGCUAGAUCUCGUUACGUAUGAAGAAGUUAUAAAACUGCCAUCAUUUCGGCGAAAGACCUUGGUGCUCCUAGGUGCGCAUGGGGUAGGGAGGCGGCACAUCAAGAACACACUCAUUGCCUCACAUACAGACAAAUACGCCUAUCCUAUACCACAUACUACUCGAAGUCCACGGAAAGACGAAGAUAAUGGGAAGAACUAUUACUUUGUAUCGCACGACGAGAUGAUGGCGGACAUCGCUGCUAAUGAAUACCUGGAGUAUGGCACGCACGAGGACGCCAUGUACGGCACGAAGCUGGAAACCAUCCGCAAGAUCCACAGCGAAGGCCGAAUGGCGAUCCUCGACGUCGAACCGCAGGCCCUCAAGAUCCUCCGCACGGCAGAAUUCGCACCCUACGUUGUCUUCAUCGCCGCUCCAUCGCUACAGAACAUGACAGAUUAUGACGGAAGCUUAGAACGGCUGGCAAAGGAGUCGGACUUGCUCAAGCAGGCGUACGGCCAUUUCUUUGACCUGACCAUAGUGAACAAUGACAUCGAAGAAACAAUCCGACAGCUGGAAAAAUCGAUCGAAACUAUGAAUAUGACCCCGCAGUGGGUACCCGUGUCCUGGGUUUACUGACAGCCCGCCCCUCCCCGAGACAGUCCCUCUGACUGCUAUUGCUGUGGAACGACGCGGAGCAAAGAGGCCAAUAGGCGGGCUCACCAACACCACAGAAGGUGAUCCCGCGGCUCUAGAACCACCACACCGCCAUGACCUGUGUGCCACAAUCAAAGUCUCGCAAAACAUAAAUGCCUCAUACUUAUUAUAAGAUGAUAUUACAAAAAAAUAAUAAUAAAAAUAAAAUAUAUUAAAAAACUAAAAAAAAAAUCUAAAAAAAAUAUAUAAAAAUCUCUAUAAAAAUAGCAAAGUAAAUACGAUGGUGUAUUACAGCCAAGCACUGCACAUACAUGUAUGUCACUAGGAAUGUUGCAUUUCACAAGUGGUAAUGGAGAGGAUGUGGACAAGCCAGCCUUAAAGAGGAUGAAAAAUAGAGAAUAUAUUUUGUGGCAAUUUGCUCAACUUGGACUUUUUCACAUAGGUGCAUAUAUUUAUUUGGUAGAAGAUGCCACUAUCAAAUUUAUAAGGUAGAGUAGUGACUGGGAACUUCAGGCUUGCGUUCGAAGCCGGGUUGUAAUGGCGUUCGUUAGUCAUCCCAAUUUAACAUAAGGAAUUUGACUUUCUUUCGCUCUUCGUAUUCGGAAAAUGUUACACCCGCGUCAUUUUUUUAAUCUGAGUUUUUAAAAUGUGCUUAAGCAUUGUGUUUUCAAUAUUAAUUAGAAUGUACAUUUAUUUGUUCUUUUGACUUUUAUUAAGGGAUUUAUUCAAGCUAAAAUUAUAACGAGGAUGGCGCCUUACUAGUCAUUUGUUUUCUGACUAUACUUUUCUUUGAAUACAAAAAUCAUGCACCAUAUGCUUUUAUCAGUCAACUGUGAUUUCGUUUUUUGUGUACGUUCCCUCUAUAUUUAUUUAUUUAUUGUACGCAGUUUGAACAACAGUCAGUAAAGGUAGAACGAAUGGUGCAAAAGUGGCAAAAUAUUCUUUUGUAUACAGCCAAAGGGGAAAAAACCUACCCUAGGGAAUAUUUUCUUCACGCAGAUUUUUUUUUUCUUCCAUAACUAAAGGCUAGAGAUCCACAGAGCGGACUGACAGCCAUCCGAGAGAAGAGCCUGUGUGAGCCUAUGAUGUACCAUGGUUGUGUGUGGUUCUCGACAAAUAAAAAAAAAAAUAAAAAGAUGGUGGUUGGCUUUUCGAAUAAGGAGACGGACAUUGAGGCUAAUAUUUAAAAAAGGAAUAAAGCUUGUUAAGGGACUCUGAAAAGUCUUGGGGGAGAGAAAGCUUGGCAAAGGUGUUGUUUGUUGAUACGAAGUGAGUCACGUGACCCGCGAUUGGGUACGUAUGGUGUAAUGGAGUGUUCGAAGCGUUGUUCCAAUCAAAGACCUCUGUUCUGAAGAGGUAACAAUAGAAUCCAGUGGAGAUGAAUAUAUAUUUGUAGGAUGUAAGAGAAUAGACUAGAGAAAAUAAAACAAAAAAUGGUUGCACCCAAGCACGACAAACUCUGACAACUGGAUAAUUACGGUGGGAAUAGCGAUGUCUUUGAUGAAUUCUGGAAAAGAAAGAAAAUAUAAAUAAUCACCAAAGUACCCUUCUUAUUUGUAAGGAGGAUGGACUGAUCUGUGUACACUUAUAAAUAUUGUUUUUAUAAGCAAAUAAAGGUUGAACCAGUUGUUCCUUGUAAAUGGAAUUUAAUUAAUUGUUAUAUAGUUGCAGUGCAGGUAGUAUGCCAGUUUAUGCUGAUGUGAAACAGAUGACACUAGCAAGUGUGUAUAUUUCGGUCACUCGGUCACCUGCUAUGUUUCUUUUAUACAGUACUAGAUUUGUAAUAAGUUUGAAGUGCGAGAAUGUUUACAGCGGAUCGGAUUUCAGACAAAGGCUAAACAAGGUUGGGUUUGAGCAAGAUCGAUAAUUGAGGUUUUGAUUCAUUAGCCGAUCCUCAUGUUUUGUGCAUUUGCUUGCUUUUGGAAAAAAAAAAACAUUGUGUUCAUUAUCGUUUCCAAUGUCCUGUUCACACUUUCAAAUUUCAGAAUAGCAACAAAAAACGGUUAAUUUCCAAAAGGAAUUUACUGAUUUGGCAACCUUGUUUAGAUUUCAUAAGUACAUUUAUGUCCUAAUGACACCCUGUUUAUUAUAUUUUUUCGUCUGAUUUUUUGUACUGUGUAUUACGCAGAUUUGUACAUUUAUCCUUGAAUCUUGUUUCCCCGACCAAGCUUUGCAGGUUCUGUGGGUUUGUUGGAUGGAUUACUGUUAUUAUAAAAAAAACAACUGAGUAGAUAUAGGACAUUUUUCUUGUUACAUUUGAAUAAUGUAUAGGAGACAAAACCAGUGUGAUGAUGGAGU